AUGCCAAGACGCACUUCACCGCGCCGAGGUGGCCCAUCCGAGGGAGAGUCACAUCCACCGCGGCAGUCCCAGACAUUGCUUGAGAUCGGGCAUAAUCCUAUCCUACCCCCUGUCGCAGUUGGAACAUCACACAAUUAUGGCGCGACAGGACCAACAGCUCUGCCGAAACGGGUAGAACAGGAGCCGAUACAAAGUAUCCGUGGUGUUGCUCAAAGGAUCGAGACCGGACUCGAUUUCAGCGAACAGCGAACAGGCUUAAGCAAAGCGACAACAAAUUUCGACCUGCCUGCUUUAGCUCCUACUACGCGGCGUGUUAAACGAGAGCCGACGCCCGACCAAGACCAACUUCUUCAAUCGCUCCGUGAGGCCACCCAGUCGCCCGUGCGAGAAACGCAGUCGGACAGGACCCCGACGCCACCAAUCCAGCGAGAAGUCUCUACUGACUCGAGCCCUGACAUGCCACCGCCCGCAAGAAAAAACAGCAUUAUGUCCUUGAUCACAAAUUCUCCGAUGUAUCCUGCACCACUACGAAGACUAGGGAAUUACAUGUUCCCGGACGAGGACAAUCUUGACAACACGUCCAUGUCAAGUCGUUUUAGCUCUGUUGACAAUGCCUCCGAGCUUUCAUUCGAGUUGGAGCGCGGAAUUCAUGACGAUGGACUGCAGCGAACAAGACCCAGUGACCACGGAACCAACCUCUCCAAAGCCCCUCGUCGGCCUUCUGGGGUUCAGAUUCACUCGACUAUUAUGGAAGAGGAUGAGUCAGGCUCGGAGCAGGCGCCUGAGUCGGAGUACGAAAACCUCGCCGAUCAAUCUUGGUCAGCGGAAGCGAGGACAGUGCUACCGUCACGUUUCCAGUCCGAGCCUCCUUCAGAGGUAUCCUCGAAUGAACCCGUGCCCGACUUGAAUCGUCUGGUUCCAGAAGCACAGACUAACAGGGCUCGAUGGCUCACACAAUCACCUGACAUUCUUGGAAACUAUGCAAGUGGAUUUUUCAAAGUCUUCUCGGAUCCCGCUUCCUGGGCCAAAACUGUCUUCCUCUUUCUCCUCCCCCUGCUUCUUGUCUUUGCAUAUCAAGUCGGUCUCCUCAACUUCGAUGGCUCGUCAUUAUUUGGUGACAAUUCACCGCAUCCGUCAAACACAUCGAACGCUGAAUUUCGUGCCCUUCAAGGACGGGUAUCGCAAAUGGACCUACACCUUUCCUCGCUGACUGCCGAACUAAAAUCUGCCCGGGAGGAGCGGUCGUACAUCCUCGGACCUACCAAUGUCCCCAUGCCGAACUAUCCUUUGCAGGAGCUGACUCCCCGGAUCAAUUUCCUGUCUCCGGCUCAUGGUGCUUUGAUUGACCCCGACCAAACCUCGCCCACAGCUGAUUACGGCCAUGCUACAGCCCCACUGCCGGACUGGAAUCAGCUCAAGGGCUGGUGGAACAUGUGGAAGAUCUUCUCACCAUCUGGUGCCUUGCCGCCUCCUAUAAAAAACCCUCAUUCCAGUUUGUCGGCACUUCUCCCCUGGGAUGAGGCCGGAGAUUGCUGGUGCAGUGUCGGAGAGACCCAACUAUCCGUUUUUCUCGGCCGUGGCAUCGUACCCGAAGAGGUUGUCAUCGAGCACAUCCCCGUGGCAGCUACUCUGGACCCUCUUUCGGCACCAAAAGUGGUCGAAGUCUGGGCUCGAUUUGUUAUUGUGGAAGCAGAGAAUGAUUUCGCUCCCAGCGCGUCUGACUCUUUUUCCUGGAGAUCGCCCUGGGGACGUGGAAAAAACCGCCGCCAAUCCACCGAUCCACCUUCGUCGCAAGAGAAAGGUCUCGGAAACUUCAACUUGCCCGGCUCGAAGUCGCUGGACGAGGUUAUCCUCAGUGCCCUCAAGCUGUCCAACCCCUGGGAAGGAACAGACGAGUACUCGAACGAUAGCCUACUCGGACCGAAUUACUAUCGGAUUGGGCGUAUGUACUACAACAUCCACGACCCGGACUAUAUACAGACAUUCCCUCUCGCCACUGUCAUCGACGUCCCGACGGUUCGCGUUGAUAAGGUCGUUUUCCGGGUCAAGGAGAACUGGGGUGGGGAUCGGACAUGCAUCUAUAGAUUCAAGCUUCACGGGCACCCAUAA